GUGGCUGACGGAGCCGGUAGGCCUGGGCAUUGUGUCAGCUGCAGACACCGGACAGCGCUGCGCUCAGACGGUUAACCACAGAGGCUCCAGAGAGACUGCGCAAACUCCUGGAGCUGGCCAAGCUGCCCUGGUAAGAAGAGAAGUCAACAUGCCUUCAAAACCACCAAGUAGAAAAGAGCGAAGGAAGUGGUUCACAUCUCUGACAGGGGAGCGCCGACAGGAAGUGACCUGCCAUAUGUGCCACAGAGAACAUCUGCAUCCCUCCAGAUGGGGACUUAGCAUCAUGCACCUUCUUCUCAUUCACUUCUAUUCAUCUCCUCAUUUCCCGGAGCAGUCUCAUAUGACGUCCACAGCCCCUCCCUGCGCAUCAUUCCGUCUCUCCGUUCUCUCUCCAGCUGCUCCUUUCUCUGCUGCUAAACACACAUAUGGUUCACACACACACACACACACACACACACACACACACGUGGAUCACGUCAAGCUUUUAGCCAAGCCUUCUCAGCUCUUACGCGCAGACACACCCUCACACACGUCGCUCGCCCCCACACCUCCCCUCCUGUCUCGCAGUCAGUGUGCAGCGGCAGCAGCGGAGGGUGGAGGACGCGCUGAACACAGUCACGGAGGCUUCUGGCGCACAGCCGAGCCGUCAUGAGCCGCUCAGCGGAAGUGGACGCCGCUGCGGAGGAGGAGGAGGCUGAAUAGAAGAGAGAGAGGGACUGUGUUCUAAUUAAAUGUCUCACGUUCUCCGUGUGCAUCAUGCUGUAUUUCCAGCUGGUGAUCAUGGCCGGGACCGUCAUGUUGGCCUACUACUUCGAAUACACCGACACCUUCAACGUGCACGUGCAGGGCUUCUUCUGCUACGACACCACGUACACCAAACCGUACCUGGGGCCGGAGGACAGCAGCGCCGUCCCACCCGUGCUGCUGUACGCCGCGGUGGCCGGGCUGCCCACGCUGCUGAUCACAGUGACAGAGACUGUGCUCUUUCUGGUCCAGUACACGUCCAAAGAGUUUGACCGUUUAGAGAAGACGGUGGCCACCGGAGACUGCUGUUACCUCAACCCGCUGGUGCGCAGGACAUUCCGCUUCCUCGGAGUCUACACCUUUGGCCUCUUCACUGUUGACAUCUUUGUCAACGCAGGGCAGGUAGUGACAGGGAACCUGGCACCGUACUUCCUGACUGUUUGUAAGCCAAACUACACAGCACUGGGUUGCCAGCAGGCCCUGCGCUACAUCAGCCACCAGGAGGCCUGCACAGGAAACCAGGACGACAUCCUACGUGCCCGCAAGACUUUCCCGUCCAAAGAGGCUGCGCUUAGCGUCUAUGCUGCACUCUACCUAGCUAUGUAUGUGACGUGUACCGUGCAGGCAAAAGGCACUCGUCUGGCUAAGCCAGUGUUGUCUCUCGGGCUAAUGUGUCUGGCCUUCCUCACUGGUUUGAACCGUGUGGCUGAAUACCGCAACCACUGGUCAGAUGUCAUCGCUGGCUUUAUCAUUGGCACUGCCAUUGCCACUUUCCUGGUGGUGUGUGUGGUCCAUAACUUCAAAGGGAAGUUACUACUGAGCGAGGAGUCACUAGUGGAGCAGCAGCCCAAUACAGCCAUGUUAAACAUAGGCCAAGUGGAGAGUCCUCUGGAGAAGUACAUCACCUCACAGAAUCACAUCGGCUUCGCUGAGGUCACAUGAUGUGGAAUCGGCCGUGUGGCAGACCCACUGGACGUCCACACUCUUCAC